GCACAGAGCACUGUGGCUUAACAUAACACAAAGAACUCACCGUUUGUUCAACUUGGACAGUUCAAUGCGCCUUCCUAGACUGAAGGACGGAUGAAAGACAUAGAAUUAGCAUGCUUCCUGCAACACUUUUUUGAAGCGGGAAUGGGCACUGACAUAGGAGAUGUUCACGCGGCCGCUUCUGGCACCAGCAUCCCUACACGUUGUGGGAGUUUGGUCUUUGUGGGCAACUCGCACACCUACCAGCCCAAAGAGCUUGGUGGAGUGCCAGGUGCCUUUGCCCGGCUGGCAGCAUCUUGCGGGCACUCCGUGUCUGCGGAAAGCGUUACCCAGGGAGGUGCCAACCUGUCUGAUCUCUGGGAAGAGUUCGAGAGCUAUAUGCAGAGACGUGGCACCGAAGGCGUCGCCUUUGACACUGUAGUAUUGCAGGUGGGUAAGGGCUCCGCUGAAGAACGCUUUAUCAUUGGCGAGGUUCUCCGACAUCGCUAUUGCCCACUGCUUUUGAGCCUGGCUUCCAAUCCGCAGGUGGUGCUGUAUCAAACCUGGUCCACAGCUUGGCCAGAGCCCACCGAAGGAGAGGAACUCACCGCUACCCUGGAGGAGUACCGCUCAGUGAUGCUCGCGGCCGGUAUGACAGAAGUGGUGCUGGCCAGAGCUGGCCAUGCAUUCCUUCAUCUCAAAGCUGACAAUCGUAUUUAUCCUGCCUUGUGGAAAGAUGAUAUGGGCCAUGGUUCCGCCCUCGCAGGUGUCCUUGUAGCCGCAGUGCUGGCUUUGGCCUUGAAGUUGACAAAGGGCGAGCGCCUGGGGAGGAUCCUCGAAGCGCUGCUGCCCAGUGCCUGGAGGACGGCGAGUCCCGGCUUUGCAGGUGCUGCAGAAUUUGGGCAGAAAGCUUGGCGCGAAGACGGCAAAGGAGCACCGGCUGCGGUGAUGAAUCUUUUGAACGAUCCCGAGGAAGAUCUACCGAUCAGCAAGUAUCCACCUGGGAUGCGGACAGAGAGAAGAGACUUGCCAUUUGAAUUUGGCUGCUCAAUCGUGAUGUCCUGGCUGCGGCAGCAGCUGGACCGCUGGAAAUCUCUAUGGCUGCUGACUUGCCUCGAGCUGGUCAGGGAGGCUAUGCAGCCGCCACUAGCCCAGCCCCAAAAGCACGUCGGUGGCAAAAGCGCUAGGAGAUCAUGGAGAUCGUAGGACUCCUUAGGACCCAUCAAAGAAAUGGGAGGGUGAAGAACGCCUUCCCCAAAAACUGAUUCGGACACAUGUCUGGAGUUUGAUCCAGAAUCCGGACAGUGUGGCAUCUGCUUCUUGCAGAGUUGGCAUCUUAAAGAAGGAAACAGGCCUGCAGCAAGUGCACAGCUAUUCAGCCUGCCAAAUGCCAGCCCGUCCGGCACAUAUUGUAGCAAAAAUGGCUUGUCCUAUUUCCAGCUUUUGGCCAAAGGAACGGG